AUGCUCUUUUACUCCUACUUUAAAACGCUAGUGGGCAAGGAGGUAACGGUGGAGCUGAAGAAUGACCUUGCCAUCACCGGCACGCUGCACUCGGUGGACCAAUACCUCAACAUCAAGCUCAACAACAUCCGCGUGGUGAAUGAGCAGAAGUACCCGCACAUGCUGUCGGUGCGGGCCUGCUUUGUGCGCGGCAGUGUGGUGCGGUAUGUUCAGCUGCCACCAGGCAGCGUGGAUGUGGAGCUGCUGCAUGACGCGACACGGAGAGAGGCUCGCGGCGGGUGA